AUGGCCUUCUUUGAGGACGGGGCCGAAGGAGCUUUUGCGCCGCGGCCUACGUUAGGCCCAAGACGUCCAAGACCUGUCACGGAUUAUGGGUCGUCGUUAGUGCAAUGGAUGAGAGUUCGGCAGCCUCGAUACAAGGGAUCCCCCAGGUUGGAGGCGGAAAGGCCGAGUGCCAGCUAUACUGUUGAUAUGCUUCCUCCUAUUGCUACUAUUCAUUCAGCUGCGGAUACUAUUCCCGUUCGGCAUCUGCACCAGUCUAUUGGGAAAUCGAAGAAGCCUAUAACAGUUGUAAGAUGGACACCAGACGGCCGUCGUUUGCUUACCGGGGGUCACACGGGUGAAUUCAUGCUAUGGAAUGGUACAGCUUUCAAUUUUGAAACUGUCAUGGAUGCUGGUGUGACAUCGGCUGCGUGGUCGCAUAGUCAUGAUUGGCUUAUAUCUGGUGGGCAGAAAGGUGAUGUGAAGUAUUGGAGACCGAAUUUUAACAACGUCGAAACUGUUGAUGAUGCACAUCAAGAAGCGGUUAGGGACCUGACAUGGUGUCCCAACGACUCAAAAUUCCUUUCAGCUUCUGAUGAUACAACAUUGAAGAUAUUUGAUUUCACAGCUCGAACAUGCGAGAUGGUCUUGACCGGGCAUGGGUGGGACGUUAAAUCUUGCGACUGGCAUCCGACAAAGGGACUCCUAGUCUCUGGUUCUAAGGACCACCAAGUCAAAUUCUGGGACCCUCGCACCGGCAGGUGUUUGACAACACUACAUACUCAUAAGAACACCGUAACAACUACAAAGUUUUCUCCGGUGAACACGAACCUGCUGGGGACCUCAUCCCGCGACCAAACCGGCCGUGUUUUUGAUCUGCGCAUGAUGCGUGAUAUAUGCAUCCUGCGAGGCCAUGAGAAGCCGAUAUCGUCCCUGACAUGGCAUCCAAUGCACAGCAAUAUGAUAUCUACGGGAAGUGAGGAUGGGUCUCUGUAUCAUUACCUACUGGAUGAGCCUAAUCUUCCCGCUGGGCAGCUUCCCACAGUUGCCCCAUAUGGCACCAUGGAUCCCGCCAACACCCCGGCUCAGGUUAUCUUCCCGGCCCAUAAGAUACAGUAUGCGCAUGGAUCUACUAUCUGGUCUCUUGACUGGCACCCCCUUGGCCAUAUCCUGGCCUCAGGAUCUAAAGAUAACUUCACUCGUUUCUGGUCUCGUGCCAGGCCUGGAGAGAUCAACUACCUCAAGGACCGAUUCCACAUCGGAGAGGAGGCCGCUGAGGCACAAGGGACAUGGAACCGCGGAUUUGGGCGGAAACAGAUGCGCGAGGAGGAGGAACAGGAGGCCCAGGCAGAGGACGAAAGCCGUAUGGAUCAGAGACAAACUGCUGAAUCGCAGAUUCCUGGAAUUCAAAAUGCAGCCCCUGCCGAAGGUCAUGGUAUACCAGGAUUACUUCCUGGUAUUGGAGCAUUACAACCACCCCCUCCUCCGCCGCCAAACGCAUCCGGACCACCCCCAUCUCUUCCACAGAUGGACCCAGGGCGAUUAGCAGCCAUGCUAUCCCAGGGGGGCUAUCCUCCUCCUCCACCACCACCCGGUCAGGGCCAACCUCCGUUCCCACAUACCACUCAACCGCCGCCACCACCUUUCUUUCCUAACCCAAACAUGUCAGGCAAUAUGCCGCCAAACAUGAGCCAUAUGCUCCCUAACCAACAGUUCCCACCUCCAGGAAUACCACCUCAGAAUUUCGGACAACCGAAUCCUGGAUAUCCUCCUCCAGGGCUUCCUGGGCUUUUUACAAACAAUCAACCAAAGUGA